CUCACAUUUGCUAUUCUGAGUGCUGCAUGUUUGAAGUCAAGAUUUAAUCAAUUUGUUCAUUUUAUACAACGUAUUGGUUAUACAUUUUAAAUCUUCGAAUUCCACUCAAUGUCACCGCUGUUCAAUAUUACAACUAAGUAGUUUAUGCGAUAUACUGUACUUUGGUCUAGUUCUUUAUGAUGGUGUAAAUGAUUAUACAGUAAUUAAACACCAUACCUAUAAACUAACACAAGUUGCAGAACAGUACAAAAAACAAACGAGGUGUGUGUGUGUGUGUGUGUGUGUGUGUCCUCCCCUCCCUCAGGUCCAGUGUGAACCGUGUGGCCUUGUACCUGUGUGUUGCGACUGACUGGCGAGAUGACUGCCGAGUGGCUACACCUGCCCCCGCCAUACCCCCCUGGCGUGGGGCCGUUGUGUGGUGCAGAGUUGGAGGCGUGGUAUGAGGACCUGCAGGAUAUUCUGGGCUCCGACGCGGGAGGGGCAAAACUGGCACGUGCCCCCACAUGCACCGAGAAGGAGCCGGAGUUUCUGGAUGUUCUGGAGAGCUGUUCUCUGACGUGGCUGACGGACGGAAGCCAGACGUGGGGCGAGGGUGUCCAGAGGACAAAAGAGGAGAUCCACAACACCCAGCCUCUGCAUCACACCACCUCCUCCUCCUCCUCCUCCUCUUCCUCCUCCUCCUGCAUGAGUCCAGCUGUAGCGGAAGAGCGUCGGACGGAGGCUGAGACCAGGAGAAGGGGAGAUGGCUCGACAGGAGGCGGCAGCGAUCUGCUGCCUCCUGAGUUUUUCGAGUUGCUGAGUGAAGGAGGAGUGGGAAUGGUGGAUCCGAGUGGAGCGGUGAUCAGCGGCGGCUAUUAUUACCACCACCAUCAACACCACCAAGCUAAUAAUAUCCAUCCCGCGUCUCCCUCAGCCAGCGAGGAGGAACUGCCCUGUGUCCCAGAUUCUCCAUCCUGCUCCUCCUCGGCCUCCCAGUCACCAUCUCAAAAUUGUUCUUCUCCCUCCUCACCCGUCUCUUCGCCCUCCGCCUACCCGUCCUCCUGCCUGGGAAAACGCAAGAGGACCACCAGCGAGAGGGCCAACAGUGCCUUGUCCUCUUUCGCCUCCUCCACGCAGCACACAUCCUCAUCCUCAUCCAAAAAGAGUCGCAAAGAACGAGAGCAGGACAACGAGAGGAAGGUGCAGGAGCUGACGGAGCAGAACGAGCGCUUGAAAUCGGAGAUUGACAGGUUGGGAGAGGAGGUACAGAGGACACGUAGAGCCCUGAUAGAGAGACUAGUCAACACCAGGAAAUGAGGGGAAAGUGAAAGAAUGAAAGAUGACAGGUCCUAAUGAAUUGGAAUAAGCAGUGGUGGGGAAAGAUGUAAUCUGGUGGUCAUGAAAUGCCUCUGAAAAGGGAAAGGAUGGAAACCAAAGAUAUAUUUUAUAAGCAAGAAGAUUUUUUUUCUUUUGAACACAGAGCUCAAAAUGGCAAGAAAUAGGAAAGUGAUGAAAGUCCAGACAAGGAACAGAGAGAAAGGGCUGCUUCAGCAAUGCGGCAAAUAAAAAGACACAGCAUGUAUUCAGGAAAAGGAAGAACAGACCGCUCCAAGUGCAAAUGAUACCGUGGUUUUGAUGAUUGUUUGUCAUUUACACGGUACAGUUAAAAGCAUUUGAUGAUUUGUAUGUUGGACAGAAAGGAAGUUAAUCGAGUGCGUUUCAUUGUCAUCCAUUCCCACCAUUUUGCAAUAAUUGUAACUCCUAUGUAAAGGGCUGCAAUUUGGCUAGCAGAGAUUAUUUGCCCCAAUUUGUGGAGAGUUUAGGAGCUCAGGAAAAGUCUGAAAGUGCCCAGUGUGAGUAUGAGAAGUAAAUUCAUAAUCUUUCUUACUUUUUUAUAACCCAUGGCUUGUGUGUAUGUGCAAGUAGGACCCGGCUGUACUUUCUAAGCUGACCUUUUCUACCAAUAUGGGAAUUUGUGGAAGAAUCACCACAAGAUGUUCUACCUUGAUUUACUAUUUUUAUAUAACGCUGUAAUAUAUAUAUAUAUAUAUAUAUAUAUAUAUACACACACACUUCUACUGUAAUGCUUGUACUGUAAAAUGCCGACAUAUCCACUGUUAUUUUCUCACUGCAGAUACAAAUUGUAAUUGAGUAAUAUGCAUGGCUUUUAUCAUUCAUGGCAUCAAAUACAUGUAUUUUACCAUACCAAUUAUUUUAUCCUUCAUUGUAAUCCCAAAUCUGCAAUAAAAAAAAAAAUAAUGUGCAGUUUCUCGCGUCAUGUAAUGUUUGUGUGUGUGUGUGACUGCUUUUGUUUUUGUAAACUAGAGAUGAUUAAGAACGGAGGACGGUAAAGACAAUUUCAUGUGAAUUUAAUCAAUUUAUUUUCUGGAUCCAAAAAAUGUAUUUGUAGCGAAUUGAGGAAAAAAUAAAGAAUUCUGGGAGAUAAAAAAAAGUCUUUAAAUGUACAACACACCUUCCAACACUAAUACCGUAUGCUGACUAUCACAGGGAGAGUAUAAAAUCGGUUUCUUUUGGUGUAGGGAUUUUUACAAAUCCCUCCUUUCUGUAGCUGUAUUCAUUGGAGUCUUUGUGUUUUCAUUUCCCCCGUCGGCCCAUCCAGCAUUUCAUUAGUCCUCAGUGCCAACACCACAUUGUCUUAGAUCCUGUCACGGCUUUGCCUUAAGGUAAUACCCUCAUCUCUUUUAGUGUACAUCUUGUUCCCAUUCGCCACAAUACCUCAAACCAUUCUACUCUUUCCUUCCCCUCACUAACCUCUAUUUUACUUUCACUUUUUCCCCCGUCUCACUUCUUCUUGCCCUUCUGAGGUGCAGGCUCAGAGCUCUUCCCCUCAGCCACAGCCAGCUGUUUCUUAAGCUCCAACAGUUUGGCCACCUCUGCUGUGAUCACGGCCUUCUCCGCCUUCUGGGCUUUGAGUGCUCGCACCUUUUCCCCCUGUGGUAGACAAGAUGUCGGGCUUUAAUAGAUUUCUCUCACCGACAUUUGGUUUUCAUUUAACAUUCAGCUUUUAUAGACAAAUAGAGGUUGGCAGCUUUCUUGUUAAAUAUAGUGAGCAAUACGUAAGUAAGGCGUCAAUCUGGGAGUUAGCAAUUAUACGCAUUUGUAAAUUCAUUUGGAAAUGCUGAGAAUUUAAACAAUUGAUCCCCAAAAAUUCAACUAUCGCAUUUAUAGUUAGAAAAUUUCAAAGAUCAUAAAUUUGGAGAAAAUACUACUUUGACCAAUUGAUGACAAAUUUAAACAAUAACCAGAUAACUAUGCAAAUAAAGAUACUGAUUAGAUGUCGCUUUUAAAAUGAGCCACUAUGUAUUUCAGCGGCCAGAGGUUUGUUGCGCGUGAUUUGUUUUUUCGCGAAGAUCGUUUUUGCUCCUUACGAAAGAUGCCAUCCGUUUUAUUCCAGUCAUAAAGAUUAAUAUAAAGACAAUGCAAUUUAAACAAACUUAUUGCCAUUUUUUUGCCUAUAGUUCUGUUCUAAUGACGGAUUGAUUCCAAAAUGGAAGGAUUGGGUUGACAGUUGAUGGCUCAACUGUGGGUUGCCACUAACCAGCAAUCUCACCUGCUCAGUCACAGCCUGUGUGAGCUGCUUGGCUUUUUCUGGGUCCACUCCGUUCACCGACGCCACCUCAGCAGCAGCAGCUGGCACAGCGGCAGGCUGAGUGCUGCCAGCGCUCUGAGCUGUCGUCUGAGGGCGCAAACAGACAGAUGAGAAUGUUUUUGAUGGUUAUUAUUUCUAGAGAUGACUCGCUUCGUUUCAGACGAUAACACUCUUCACUCAAAAUGCCGACAGGACUUUAUGAGUCAUGAAGCAUGAAUGGAAAGUGAAUCACACUGGACACACAGGGAUGAGAGUAAAAUACUAACUACGAGGACGUUAGAUGAGCUGCUAGUGUUAGUGAAGGCAUGCGGUAAUCAAUAGUGACAGAGCAGAACCAGUGAGGAGUGACUCUUCACAACAAAUACCACUCGAUACCUUUUUUUUAGGUGGUUCAUCUUCAGGCUA